GGGCGCGGCGGGCACGGCGAGCGAGGCGGAGUCUGUGUUUCGGUCAGGCUGCGGCUGCGGCUGCGGCUGUGGUGCUGUAGUUCAGGAGAGCGAGGCCGAGGCCUGGGCCCUGCCCGGAGCCGCUGCCGGACCCGAGCCUCCUGGAGCCCCCGCGCCGGCAGAUCUUAGGGGCGGGCUCGGGCUCGGCCCGCCGCCACUCUCAGGACCGAGGCUGCAUGCCGGAGGACCAGGCCCACGCAGCUAUGGAGGAAGCAUCUCCCUAUUCCUUACUUGACAUCUGCUUGAGUUUCCUGACCACUAACCUUGAGAAGUUCUGUUCAGCAAGACAAGAUGGAACACUGUGUCUGCAGGAACCUGGCGUAUUUCCACAGGAGGUAGCUGAUCGACUGCUUCAGACCAUGGCAUUUCAUGGUUUGCUGAAUGAUGCAACUGUGGGGAUAUUCAGGGGUAACCAGAUGCGCCUAAAGCGAGCUUGCAUUCGCAAAGCAAAGAUUUCUGCUGUUGCUUUCCGGAAAGCCUUCUGCCACCAUAAGUUAGUAGAACUUGAUGCCACAGGUGUGAAUGCUGACAUCACUAUCACAGAUAUCAUAAGUGGCCUUGGCAGUAAUAAGUGGAUCCAGCAAAAUCUUCAGUGCUUGGUACUAAAUUCAUUAACUCUGUCCCUCGAGGAUCCUUAUGAGCGGUGUUUCAGCCGGCUUUCUGGUCUUCGAGCUCUGAGCAUCACUAAUGUGCUCUUUUACAAUGAAGAUCUGGCUGAAGUUGCUUCAUUGCCUAGACUGGAGAGCCUGGAUAUUUCUAACACCUCAAUCACAGAUAUCACUGCUCUGCUGGCCUGCAAAGACCGACUGAAGUCUCUCACCAUGCACCAUUUGAAAUGUUUAAAAAUGACUACUACCCAGAUCCUGGAUGUUGUUCGGGAACUGAAACAUCUAAACCAUCUUGAUAUCUCAGAUGAUAAACAGUUUACAUCAGACAUAGCCCUACGGUUACUAGAGCAAAAGGACAUCUUGCCCAGUCUUGUCUCCCUGGAUGUUUCAGGGAGAAAACAUGUGACAGAUAAAGCUGUUGAAGCCUUUAUACAGCAGCGACCCAGCAUGCAGUUCGUGGGUUUGCUGGCCACAGAUGCUGGUUAUUCUGAAUUCCUCACAGGCAAAGGACACUUGAAGGUGUCUGGAGAAGCCAAUGAAACUCAAAUUGCAGAAGCACUAAGGCGGUACAGUGAAAGAGCAUUUUUUGUUCGGGAAGCCUUGUUUCAUCUUUUUAGCCUGACUCAUGUGAUGGAAAAAACAAAGCCAGAAAUCUUAAAGCUUGUGGUUACUGGGAUGAGAAACCAUCCUAUGAAUUUGCCUGUACAACUGGCUGCAAGUGCCUGUGUGUUUAACUUAACUAAGCAGGACCUUGCUUUAGGCAUGCCUGUCCGGCUCCUCGCUGAUGUGACCCAUUUGCUGCUCAAGGCCAUGGAACAUUUUCCUAAUCACCAGCAGUUACAGAAGAAUUGCCUGCUCUCACUCUGCAGUGACCGGAUUCUUCAAGAUGUUCCAUUUAACAGGUUUGAAGCAGCCAAGCUUGUCAUGCAGUGGCUUUGUAAUCACGAAGAUCAAAACAUGCAGAGAAUGGCAGUUGCUAUCAUUUCCAUCCUGGCUGCCAAGCUUUCUACAGAACAAACUGCACAGCUUGGUGCUGAGCUCUUCAUUGUCCGGCAACUUCUUCAAAUAGUGAAGCAGAAGACUAAUCAAAAUUCAGUGGACACUACAUUGAAAUUUACUUUGAGUGCACUUUGGAACCUCACAGAUGAAUCCCCAACAACAUGCAGACACUUCAUCGAAAAUCAAGGGUUGGAACUCUUCAUGAGAGUUCUAGAGUCUUUCCCAACUGAGUCAUCCAUUCAACAAAAAGUUCUAGGACUUUUGAACAAUAUAGCUGAAGUACAAGAGCUACACUCUGAAUUAAUGUGGAAGGAUUUCAUAGACCAUAUCAGCAGUCUCCUGCACAGUGUGGAAGUAGAAGUCAGUUACUUUGCAGCUGGGAUUAUCGCCCACUUAAUAUCCAGAGGUGAACAGGCAUGGACCUUGAGCCGUAGCCAGAGGAAUUCUCUUCUUGAUGAUUUGCAUUCAGCUAUUUUGAAAUGGCCUACUCCAGAGUGUGAGAUGGUAGCAUACAGGUCCUUUAAUCCAUUUUUCCCUCUACUUGGCUGUUUUACAACACCGGGAGUCCAGCUGUGGGCAGUUUGGGCCAUGCAACAUGUCUGCAGCAAGAAUCCUUCAAGGUAUUGCAGCAUGCUGAUUGAAGAAGGAGGACUGCAGCAUUUGUACAACAUCAAAGAGCACGAGCAGACAGACCCCUACGUCCAGCAGAUUGCUAUAGCCAUUCUGGACAGUUUAGAAAGACACAUUGUGCGCCAUGGGAGGCCCCCUCCCUGUAAAAAGCAGCCCCAGGCCCGACUAAACUGAUAGCCAUAGGUAGUUGGAUACUGAACAACAGGAAACUUUUUUGUGGUUGGAGUAGUGUGCUCUGGUGUUGGGGUGUGUGUGAGUGAGUGUGAGUGUGAUGAGAGUCUUGUGAUAAUUUGGGAUUGGUAAUGUACAGUACUGCCCAUGUGAACAGUCUGUCUUGUGAUUUUUUUUUUUUUUUUUAACUUAUGAGGCAAGAAAGGUCUUCCUUCAUUAUUGUCUUUUAAGAAAUCUUUCAGUGUUUGAACUUAACCUGUGCUUGAGAUUCUACAGUUUUAUGAUAAAUUGCACGAACCCUUACACCAGACUUCUCUAGAGUCCCUUCCAGAUAAUUUGCAGUGUGAGCAGGACUGCCAUGUGAUGUCAGCACUGCUUCAGUUGCGAGUUUCAUACUGCUUAUGUAAAAAUGCCUUCAUUCUCUGUGUAUCCUUCACAAGAUGCUCUUCUUUGUAUGAGUGGAAAUCUGUUGUGUCUCUUUGCUGUUUGGCGCCUGGAUGGCAGUCAAAGAAAUACAAAAGAAAGAAAAGCUAUGAAAGAAGAACAGAGGUGAACAGGGAUUAACAUUGCUUAUGUGGUAUAGCUCUGAGAAAAGGACAAUUCUCCUUGUGCCCCUCUACUAAGACCGGGAGCAGGAGCUGUUCUCCAUGCUGAAGGCUGGAAGCACGAACUGUCUUCAGGUUACUCCAUAAAUAUUCCCCCAGUUACCUCAGUGUAACACCCCAGCAUUCUGUGUCAAAGUGUCUCUGAGACACUGUCAUAAUGUAAAAGAGUGCAGCUUUUUAAAUGUUGUUGGUUAAACUGGCUAUUUUUACCCCUUCUUUCCCAAAGUCAUUCUUUUUCAGUGGAGUACAGACUAUUUACAGAGUUAAUUUGUGUAGUUAAAAUACAACUAACAAUAGAAAAUUUGCUAUGAAAGUU